AUGUCUUCGAAAAGUCUCAAGAAACGACUGGAUCGACAAAUUGACCAUCCUGAAACACAAAUCUCGGAUACCCCCAUUCGUUCGACGAAACCUGUGGAAAAGGCAUCAACUUCACAGUGGGAGACCUUUUUUAACAAGAUUUCAAGUGAAAAACCAGCAUGUCUGUCUGUAAACAGAAACUACAACAGCAUUUAUAUUCCAAAAGUUCUUGACAUUAAAUACCCCAUGAUAUUAAGUGAAUUGUAUGAUGAAAACUUGCACAAUGAAUCCACAAUCAAGAUUUUCAGUCACUGCGAAAGUGUGUUUAAGGAACUUGCUGUCACUGAUGAAGAAAUUGUCAAUGUGGAGCUUGCAACUAGAGAACAGUCAACGUCAAAAAUGUGGUUUAGAUUUAGGACUGGGCGUGUUACAGCUUCAAAAAUGAAAGCAGUAUGUUCGACGUCUUGUAGCAAUCCUUCACUGAGCUUGCUGAAGUCAAUAUGCUACCCAACAGAAGCAACAUUUUCAUCUGCAGCAACUAGGUGGGGAUGUCAACAUGAGCUAACAGCAAGAGAAAGUUACUUGAAUCAAAUUAGUACCCUUCAUCAAAAUGUCAACAUCAGUGAUUGUGGGCUUUUUUUAAGUGCAUGUUAUCCCCAUUUGGGUGCUUCCCCAGAUGGUCUUGUUGAAUGUGAUUGCUGUGGUAAGGGAUGCAUUGAAAUUAAAUGUCCAUAUUGCAUGAAGGAUGAAAAUGUACGUGGUGGGAAGAAUUCAUGCUUAGAAACGAUUGAUGGGGCUCUUCGGUUGAAGCGAAAUCAUCCUUAUUUUUAUCAGGUGCAAUCUCAACUGCAUAUUUGCAAUUUAGAGUAUUGUGACUUUAUAGUGUGGACCACAGAUGAUUUGUUUAUGGAGAGGAUUGAGCCCUGCCCUGAACUUUGGGAACAAAUUACUUUAAAAUCUACCAAGUUUUUCACAACAGUAAUACUUCCGGAGCUAGUCAGUCAUCUGUUCAGUAAGAAGACCACACCACUGACUGAUUCCACUAAUCAGGUCAGCCUUACUGCAGCAAAGUCCAAAUCUAUAAAACAGGGAAGGAAGAAAAGUGUCAAAAAGCUGUGUGUUAGAAAAAAUAAAGUGGAAUCCCCAUCAUAUACCAGUACGCUCGGUCAAGUGGACCCCCAUUGUAGUGAUCAUACCUCAGCAAUUCCUGUGGAUAAAAUGGUCAUUUCAACAGGACAUGAUAGUUCCGAUGAUGAUGCAACACUGUACUGCAUCUGCAACAAUUCAAGCAGCGAUUCCAAAAUGAUAGCUUGCGACUCGGCAGAUUGUCCCCACAAGCCAUUCGAGUGGUUUCAUUUUUCCUGCAUGAAGUUGAAGAAAGAACCGGUAGGAAAAUGGUAUUGUUUGGAUUGUGUGGAGAAAGAAGCUGUGAACAAUAUUAAAACUUCUAAGAUAAAGAGAAGGAAAUAA